UCGGAAGGAGCAAGGAAGCGAGGAGCCGAAGGAAGCAAAAAGAGCACACAGGCGCCGAGGCAGCGGAUGAUCGGAGCCGAGUGUGUGUUGCAUUUUUCUCGCGUUGCAUCUCCCUGGCCGCGGAGGACCUGAAUCGACUACGAUGAUGAUGAUGAUGAUGAUGAUGAUGCUGGUGCAUCUGAUGGCGAUGUUGCUGUGCGGGAGCCAAGCCGCCCUGCAGGUUUCCAUAUCCUUGAACAAGGUGGAGUUAAGUGUCGGAGAGUCCAAGUUCUUCAUCUGUACAGCGAUCGGCGACCCGGUGAGACUAGAGUGGUACAACCCUCAGGGGGAGCGCAUCCAGCCUUCUAAGCGCAUGGCACUGCACACAGAGAUGCCGAGAUCCCGGCUAAUCAUCUACAACGCCAUCAUCGAGGACGCCGGCAUCUAUCGCUGUCAGGCAUCCGACACCAGUGGUCAUACGGCCGAGGCCUCAGUGGUGCUGGAGAUAUACCAGCGGUUGACUUUUCGAGACGUUCAAUCGCCGCAGGAGUUCCGCCACGGUGAGACGGCCGAAGUCAUCUGUGACGUCAUCAGUUCACCCGUGCCGGAGGUUGUGUGGUACUACCAGGGCAGGGAGAUCACCGAUGAGCACCACAGCAGGUUCAAGGUGCUUGCAAACAACAGCCUGCAGAUCCACCGUAUGACCAAGGCGGACGAGGGCGUGUACCGCUGCGAGGCCAGCGUGGAGGCUCGCGGCGAGAUCGACUUUGUGGACAUAGCCGUGGUGGUGAACGUCCCCCCAGUCCUGUCAGUGACCCAACAGUCGUUCAACGCCACCGCAGACUACCAGGAGUCGGUCACCUUCACGUGCAUCACCUCUGGAUCUCCUGAUCCUGUGAUCACAUGGCACAGGAAAGGCCUGCAGCUGGAGCCAUCAGAUCAGUACAUCCUCAGUCGCCUGGAAGGGGGGCGGGGCAUGCUGACCAUCCGCAACAUCCGCCAGGGUGACGGAGGCUUUUACUACUGCAAGGCCACCAACAAGGCGGGUUCUCAGGAGAGAGAGCUCUUCCUCAAAGUGUUCAUCCAGCCUCACAUCACGCAGCUGAAGAAUGUGACGGCGGUGGAGAGCAACGCCGCCAUGAUCACCUGCGUCGCUGAGGGCGAACCUCUGCCUGACAUCUCCUGGAGGCGAGCCAGUGACGGGCGGACUUUUGUGGAUGGAGACAAGAGCCAGGAUGGACGCUUCGAGGUGCGCGGACGCCACGGCAAGUCGGUGCUGACCAUCGCGAGCGUGAAGUUGGCGGACCUGGGUCGCUUCGACUGCGAGGCGCUGAGUAGGAUCGGAGGCCAUCAGAAAAGCAUGUUUCUGGACAUUGAGUACAUACCAAAGUUCUUGACCAACCACACCAUCCACUAUUCUUGGGAGGGGAACCCAGUGAACAUCAGCUGUGAUGUGAUGUCCAACCCGCCUGCCAUCUUGCUGUGGAGGAAAGAGCACUUCACCAUCCCUGCAGAGGGCACUGCCAACACCCGGGUGCACAACGGCAUGGGAAAAUCUGUGCUCGAGGUUACGCCAAUGUCCGAUAGGGACUUUGGUCGUUACAACUGCACAGCCCGUAAUAACAUCGGCAUUCGGUACCAGGAGUUCAUUCUGGCUCAGGCUGAUGUGCCGUCCAAUCCAUACUCGGUUCGCCUGUCAGCCGUCUCCCAGCGCUUGGCCACCGUCACCUUCAUGAAGCCAGACUCGCACGGUGGUGUGCCCAUCAGCCAUUAUUUAGUCCAGUACAAGGAGGUGGGCCUACAGGACUGGAGGGACGUUCGGUCACAUAGUGUGCAGACAACGGUGGUGCUGACCGGCCUGGAGCCCAAUACCACGUACGAGGUUCGAGUGGCGGCCGUCAACGGGAAGGGUCAGGGCGAGUUCAGUCACAUGGAGACUUUUCAGACCUUACCCAUCCGAGAACCGAGUCCGCCUGCAGUCCACGGGCAGAGAGGGAUGGGUAAAGCCUACAAGCUGGGGCUGGUCAAGCAGGAUGACGGAGGGAUGCCCAUCGUGGAAUAUAUCGUCAAGUACAAGACAGACAAAGAAGAGCAGUGGAUGACCAAGUUGGUUCCAGGCUCCAAUGAUUUUGCAACGCUGCAACCGCUCCAAUGGAACACGAGAUACGAAGUGGAGAUCACAGCCCGCAACGUCAAGGGCCUGUCGGAGCCCACCUUCUAUCAGUUCUUCAUGCCUCAGAAACCUGACAUCACAGCAGAAUCCCUGUUCAGCGGCCUGGGCCUCGGUGCGGUGGUGGGCCUCGGUCUGGGAGCGCUGCUGCUGCUGCUGGUCCUGGUGGACGUCAGCUGCUUCUUCCUGCGCCACUGCGGCCUGCUGAUGUGCAUCACCCGCACCUUGUGCAGCAAGAAGACCGCCACCAGCGGGAAGGGCAAAGAAAUGGAGGAGGGCAAGGCGGCCUACUUGUACACCUACAACAGCCGCCCGAGCGCCUUUUCAACCACAGAAGCUGCCGCUGAAGGAAGAAAAUGGCAAAGAGUCUCUCAAGCCGGAUACGAUUGAAAUCAAAUUGCACGGCGACCGCAGCAUCCACACAAAGCCGGACGACAGCAAAGCGUAAACAGUGCGGGGGCGGGGGGG